GCCCCGCCCCUCUCUGCACCGAGCAAUCUACCUUCUUGUCUCUCUCGGUGGUUGUCAGCGAGUCGAGAGGCAGGCGUUCCCCCACCUUGUCCCCUUUCACGUCGGUCAACAUGGCUACUGUGGUGACCUCAACUCGCUUCACGGAUGAGUAUCAGCUCUACGAGGAACUCGGAAAGGGGGCAUUCUCCGUGGUGAGGCGAUGCGUCAAGAAAUCCACCGGCCAGGAGUACGCUGCGAAAAUUAUCAACACAAAAAAGCUCUCUGCCAGAGAUCACCAGAAAUUGGAGCGAGAGGCAAGAAUCUGUCGUCUGCUCAAACAUCCAAACAUUGUCCGACUCCAUGACAGUAUCUCAGAGGAAGGUUUCCAUUACCUCGUCUUUGACCUUGUCACUGGUGGCGAGCUGUUUGAGGACAUCGUCGCCAGAGAAUAUUACAGCGAGGCAGAUGCCAGCCACUGCAUCAAUCAGAUUCUGGAGAGCGUCAGCCACAUCCACCAGCAUGACAUCGUGCACAGGGACCUUAAGCCGGAGAACCUGCUCUUGGCCAGUAAGAUGAAGGGAGCAGCGGUGAAGCUAGCAGACUUCGGCCUGGCUAUUGAGGUCCAGGGGGACCAACAGGCGUGGUUUGGCUUUGCAGGGACUCCUGGGUAUCUGUCGCCAGAGGUGCUGAGAAAGGACCCGUACGGGAAGCCGGUGGACAUAUGGGCAUGUGGUGUGAUCUUGUACAUCUUGCUGGUGGGCUAUCCUCCCUUCUGGGACGAGGACCAACACAAACUGUACCAGCAAAUCAAAGCUGGUGCUUAUGAUUUCCCAUCUCCAGAGUGGGACACAGUGACCCCCGAGGCCAAGAAUCUGAUCAAUCAGAUGCUAACCAUUAACCCUGCCAAAAGGAUCACUGCCGACCAGGCCCUCAAGCAUCCCUGGGUCUGCCAACGCUCCACAGUGGCUUCCAUGAUGCAUCGCCAAGAGACUGUGGAAUGUCUGCGCAAGUUCAACGCUCGAAGGAAACUGAAAGGAGCCAUCCUCACAACCAUGCUGGUGUCCAGGAAUUUCUCUGUGGGACGGCAGCAUACGAGCCCUGCCGCCACCACCAGCACUGCCGCCAUGGCACAGGAAGCUUGCAAAACCUUGCUAAACAAAAAGUCGGACGGCGUGAAGAAAAGGAAGUCCAGCUCGAGUGUUUGUUUGAUGGAAGCCCAGACAACUGUGGUACACAACCCAGCUGAUGGCACUAAGGGCUCCACGGAGAGCUGCAACAACGCCGAAGAGGAGGAGAUGAAAGCUCGCAAACAAGAAAUAAUCAAGAUGACCGAGCAGCUGAUUGAAGCCAUCAACAAUGGCGACUUUGAGGCCUACACGAGGAUCUGUGACCCCGGCCUGACCUCCUUUGAGCCAGAAGCUCUGGGCAACCUGGUGGAGGGCAUGGACUUCCACAAGUUCUACUUUGACAACCUGUUGAGUAAAAACAGCAAGCCCGUGCACACCACCAUCCUCAACCCUCACGUGCACCUGAUCGGCGAGGACGCGGCCUGCAUCGCCUACAUCCGCCUGACGCAGUACAUGGACAGCCAGGGCCGGCCGCGCUCCUGCCAGUCGGAGGAGACGCGUGUGUGGCAUCGCCGCGACGCCAAGUGGCUCAACGUGCACUUCCACUGCUCGGGAGCCCCCUCCGCACCCCUCCAGUGAAGGCCACACGGCUGUGUUUAAACUGUGAGAGCUGUUUGGAGCCUUGCCUCUCCUCCUCAUGGUGCCUAGAAGGAUGUUGGCCUGCUAAACGACGGUAACGUCACAAAGUUGGGGGCACAAACACAUUACAACGUAGAGAGUGUUAUUUAAAAAACACACAAACACACACAAAUAUCAAUAGAAAGAUAUCAAAAACAAUAAUUAGCUUGACUGAAAAAGCGACCAACAGCUACAGCAGCAGCGUUGGAGGCGCGGCUCCUCCAUGUUGGAUGGUGCAUGUUUGUGCUGGCUACAUAGGUUCUAUGGCGCCCCGUCUGCUGGCUGGAAAAUAUUCACACGUUUCAUGUACAGACGCACACACACAUGAUUUAUUUUGCUGAGGGAGCACAGGAGGAGCUAAAUUUGCAUAAUCAGUGUCCACCUUGGACUUUAUAGUGUUACUAAAAGGGACCCUUUUUUUUUUUAGUUUAAUUUCCUCCUUUUUUACUCUUGUUAGUGCUUUUUAACAUACUUUGUGUUGGAAAAGGGGGUUUUAUUUAAUGUAAACACUUAUAUUCAUAUGCCAGACGGAUGUGUGUGUGCAUCCAAGCGGACACGCCCCUUCCUUCCUGUUUAUCGUGCGUGUGUAUGUGUGUAAGCAUGACUUGUUUACGCGUCUACUGGCCUGUACUGUUUUUGACUCGAUGCUGUUGCACCUUUGACGGAGCGUCUGACCACGCCCACCUCCAAGCCCCACCCACUCCCAUCACUUCCUGUCUUAGUAUUGAUGACGAUGAUGAUGAUGUCACCCCUCCGUUACGCUCGUCUCUUGUGUUCCUCGAGUGUGCUUAUUGUCCAUCUUGGCUUGCCGUACUUUGAACUGUGUGACGCUUCAAGAAGCAUGUUUUUAAAUUUUACAAAAUGAAUGGCUACAAGGGCAAAAAAUAUAUAUAUAUAUUUAGAAAAGGCAUGAUUGAUGGCAAGAACGCUGCAGAAGGCAAUCAACUCAACCCCCUUAUGUUAUUGUAAAUGUUGUAGUUGCUAGUGUUUGGGUGUUUUAUUAACAGAUGUUGAAGUCACAACUGGAAAACAAGGGUUUAAAUGCCGCUGUUGCGACCCUUUGCACACACACACAUACACACACACACACACACACACACGUCACAAGCACACGCAAUCAAAUAUCGUCCCUUUAAAAGAGGAAACAUAUCUGCACCGUCAACACUUUUUCCUAAUAUCAAUACUCAAAUUUUUGUCUUUUUAUUUAUUUUUUUAAGGCUCAGUUUUGGGUCACAAUCACGGGAAUGGCACCGACUUUUAAGAUCUCACGUCACAGUUUAGCCAAAACACGAUGGCGCUAACAGGUUAGGUGAAGUUAAAGCACCAAGUCAGUCGUUUAUUUGUUUCAAACCCAAGUGUGUCCAAUUUUUUUGCUAAUUUGUGAGUUUAUUU